CUUCAUCUUUCCUCACAGGCAUUCUACCUCUUGGGCAGUAGCAAGUGGCAUGGGGAGGUGGUAGCACUCACCUGACCUCCAGUCAAUUGUGGUGUUGUUGUUGUUGUUGCUUACUGGGAACUAGAGGGUGAGGAGGCUGUGCUCCCAGUCAGAGGCAGUAUGCUUUUGAAUACCAGAUGCUAGAAACCAGAGGAGCGGAGAGGGUGCUCUUGUGCUUGGGUCCUGCUUGUGGGUUUCUCAGGGGCAUCUUUUUGGCUACUGUGAGAACAGGAAGCUGGACUAGAUGGGCCAUUGACCUGAUCCAGUGGGGCUGUUGUUAUGGUGGUUGCUGAGGUGCAAAUGCACCAGUGGAGCCAAUCCACCAAUCCUGCAGGUAUAUUUGCACUAUGCUGACCUCGCCACCACCUGGCCGCUCCCUCUUUACCUCUCAGUAAGCAGCCGCAACAUGACUCAACAGAGGUCAGGUGUUAUGUACUGAGCUGAAUCCUAGAACAAUAGGAUUCAGAAUCAGCGGGAGCUACCCAAUCCAACUCCAGGUGGAAGUGAAUCCGCAACCUGAUUGGCCUGCUGGAGCAGCCAAUCAGGCGGCUGGCAGAAGUGAAUCUGCUACCUGAUUGGCCUGUAGGAGCAGCCAAUCAGGCUGCAGGCAAAAGUCAAUCCACAAUAUAAUUGGCCCACAGGUGUAGCCCUGAAGUAGCCAAUCACGCAAGGCCCAUUGUGUAAAUAAUGUAUAUAAGCAGAUGGUUUUGGGAAAAGAGCCAUUCGUCUUCUCUUCUCCUCCUUUAUGACUAUGAGCUGAAUAAAGAGCAUGAAAUUCACUCUUGACUCCGAGUAUAUUUCACUGGCGACGAAGGUGGGAUCCUGCUGAGCUGACCGCCACCACGCACUGCACCGCAGCACCGCCACCUGCUGCACCGCUGCAUCGCACCGUGCAUCCAGGCUUCAGCUCCAGGACCCAAGGAACCCAGAAUGGCAACCGACAGCAGCUUCUCGCCAUUCAAACCAGCAUCAGGAGACUGGGAAGGGUACGCCGCCCGUUUCAACUUCCUCCUGCAAGCGAAAGAAGUCACCAACGAUGCCAUGAAGAGGGCGACAUUCUUCAGCGUCUGUGGAGAGGAGACGUUUGAAAUCGCCCGGGCUCUCCUUGCACCUAGAGAUGUCGCUAUCGUCUCUUACAAAACAAUAAUGGAACGGCUGAAGGAGCACUUCUCACCACAGCCCUCGGUGGUAGCUUGCCGAAAUGCCUUCUACGCAAAACGGCAAGCCCCGGGGGAAACCAUAACUGGGUUUGUGACCUCCCUCCGCCAAGCCGCCCGGUUAUGCAACUUCUCAGAAUUGGAGAACAUGCUUCGUGACCGCCUCGUCGGUGGCCUGAGGGACGAGAUGUUGCAACGACGCCUCUACGCCAAAAAAGACCUCACGUUCCAGAUUGCUCUGGAGGAAGCCCUGGCAACCGAAGCCGCCGAGAGGUCAACGCAAGAGGCACGACCGGCCCCGCCAUCCCAACCGAGGGUCUACCACGAAGACCUCACCGACGAAUCCGAAUCUGACAGGGAGGAAGUACACCGAGUACAGCGGCGCACUCAAGCAGCACACACACCACAGCAGCCUCGACGAGAAGGAGGGAACUGUGCAAGCUGCGGGGAGAACCACGAGAGGAGGACCUGUCGUUUCCGCAACGCAGAGUGCAGGCAGUGCAGAAAAUUGGGACACAUCGCCCGGGUGUGUCGGGCUCGACUCACCCGUCGACAAGCAUCAGAUGACCGACCCAGGAGCCCCAGGUCACACGGCACCAUGCACCAAGGCAACUCGACGGAGAUCACGGACUACCAGGGAUUCCUGGUGUCACCCCCUUCUUCGAUGAUGUACUGAUCGCCGGGCCCACACCAGAGGAAUUUGAGGACCGCCUCCGCUCCGUCCUGCACAGUUUCCAGACGGCGGGCCUCAAGGUGAAGCGGGAAAA